CGUCUUCCGAAUGCAACUUUGUCCAGUCGGACUGAGCAGCAAACCAAUCCUAGCGGGAUGGACUGAACUCCCUCGACUUCAGGAUGUUUUACUGGGACUCUUACUUCAAAUCUGGAUGUCGGCCGGUGGAGUAUAGGCGCAGACUUUGGAAAUAAAAUCGUUUGUGAAACUUUCGGCGCUCUCUUAGCUAAUUGGAAAUUGCUAGUUGAACGUACCGUUUCGAAGAUUAGCCAACUAAGCUAACACAGGCAUCGUAAAUGAAAGAAGAGUGACGUUCAGCUGCUCGGUUGUUUAAACCUGCAUUUAUCUCCCGACAAUAGUCUAAAUUUUCUACAGGUAGCWACACAGACACCACUGCGUAGCUUUUAAAGUCGCCAGUAGUGCAGUAUGAAUACUAAUAAGCAGAAUUUGCAUUGGGGGGUUGAUAUCAGCGCUGUUAUCUGUUAGGGCGAUAUUGAUUUCGCCGAUCCUUUGAUCGAUUUGACCGUCAUUUACGAAGAGGAUGUCAGACUCGGAAAGUUCCAGCUCAUAUAAUUUUGGUUUGGAGGACCCGCAGUGGCUGUGCAUGGUGACUCUCUUCAUCGUAUCCCUGCUUACUCUGGCUCUGUACUUCGCCCAGUAUUUCCAGCUCGGGAUCGCAGGGAAAAGACAGGGAGCAGCGGAGGACGAUGCAGCGGAGGAGGAAGCAGCAGCGCUGCUGAGGUGGGCGCUGUCACUGGGCAGCUUGAGGAGUCAGUGGAGGGGGGCUUGGUGCAAGGCAUUGAAUGAGGAGUCAAGCAGGAGUGGGGGUGCUGUUGUGUUUGUAUUUGAAGAGGAUGGCCUUGAAGCAUCAGAACUCACCAUUGACAAGGUGUCCAGCUUUCGGAAGACAGCUCGAAACAAGACUGCGUGCUGCAGUGUGAUUGGAGAGAAGCUUCAGUUCUCUGUCAGUGCUGCAUCCACAGCCUCAGCAAAUCCUCGGAAAUACACAGCAUGUAUAUCUCCUCUAGAGCUGCAGCUCCAGCUACAUAUGCAAGAAGAUGAAGAUAAAAUUGAAGUCAGCUGGAGAGUAUCACAUCUGGACACUGAGACGCUGCAGCUCAUGCCGCUUUUCACACAGCAGGCCGUCACCAACACCUGCAGUGCAGCAGCAGUUAAGCAGCAGCUGAAAAAUCUGUUAUGUGCGACUCGUCCAUCUGUCCUGCUGAGCUGCAGGCCAGCUCAYGCCUCAGAGGUCAAGGAAGCACAGAAAAAUGUGAUGUCACCCCCAAAGCCCCCUCGUGCCCACGACUGGAAGCUGCUUGUAAAAAACACGCGAGUCUCAUUCAGUCAGGAGGAAGAUGCUGCAGGCAGCAUGGAUCCUCUGUGUGUCCUGCAGUUAAAUGACCCUCCACAGAAAUUUAACACCUCUGUUAUAAAGAACACAACCAGUCCCGCCUGGGACCAGCCCUUUGUCUUUGAGUUGAAUGGACGAUCAAAAGAGCUUAGUGUUCAAUUGAUAAACGAUGGAAAAACUCCAGAAAGUUCUUUAAUAGGUCAGGUGUGUGUAACUUUAGAUCUUGUAAAGAAGCAGCCCAAAGGACAACAAACAUUUACACUCAUGGCCAAAGAUACAGUGGCUGGAUCACUGACUACAGAGUUUACCUUCCUGGAACCCAGUGAUGUGAYGUCCUGGCACCCUCCCACACCCGCUGCCAGAAAGAAGGUGGAAAUGGAUCGUACUGUGAUGCCCUGUGGGACGGUGGUCACCACAAUCACUGCGGUGAAAAGCAAGCCAGGACGACCUCUCCCACCCAACAACACUGAUCCUGCCCUGAAGCCGGUGGAAAGCAAGCCCAAGCUGGCUGAGCGUCGGGUUUCUGAACAGGUGUCCGUGUUGGGGGGCACUGUGAGCAAGGCUUUGUCCUCCUCUGACACAGAGCUGCUAAUGCUCAAUGGAACAGACCCAGUUGCUGAAGCAGCAAUCAGACAACUCCACCAGUCUGCCAAACAGAAGCUCAAAUCUCCCGUGAAGAAGAGCACCAUCAUCAUCUCAGGCAUCUCCAAAACACCCUUGUCUCAGGACGAUGAGCUGGCUCUAAUGGCAGGCUAUGCUGCAGCAAUGGAUGCCUCGAUGUCAGGAAGCAGCUCCACUCAGGAUGUAACCACAGCGAUCGCAUCAGGGAUCAGUAGUCCUCCAGAUGUGUCUGAGCCCCAGGAAGGCCCCACUGGACUUGGGCGACCUCCAGAGGAAUGGGAGAGCCAAACUGGAGAGGAACUAGACAACACUUCCCUCUCCAUGUGUAUAUCCGAGGCGAGCUGCAAGAAGAGCAGAGGCAGCUUCCUUCAGAAGAGUGCCAAGCUCUUCUUCCGACGCCGUCACCAGCGCAAGGAGCCGGGGAUGAGUCAGUCACACAAUGACCUGGUUUACCUCGAGUCUCCAGCUGCAGUGGAGCGGGCCAGCAGAACCGCUACACUUACCCGCAUGCUUGGCCGCAAGAAUAAGAGUAAGAGCAAAGCGAAUGGCUCCACGCUCACAGGGGAGCAGCAUGCAUAGCCCUCGCUCCCUCUCAGCCUCUCCCACAGCUACUAUCAUCACUUCCAGCUCAGAACUGCACUGGUGAACAUGCUGAUUAACCACCGUCCUCCAAUACCUGGCCUGKUGACUGGGACUCCUGCACUGUGAAUGGGAAGGCUGCGGAGACAGAUGAAGCCUUCUUUUACUGCUGGGCUCCUCUGAAUUGCUUCCUAUAAGAGGCUGAAAUUCCACCCAAAAGCAUAAGUGAAUUUGAGGACAAACUCUCCUCCUGGUUUAGUUGGUGGUAUUUCAGCUGAUACUGUUUAGCAUGUUUUCCUUCUUUUGUAAUUUUAUGCAACAUUUUGAAAUCUUAAGUGCUUUUAUGGCCCCGUCGCAAACCAAAAGGGCUAAUGUGGGCUGUUUAUUAUCUCACCGACUCGGAGGGCAAAGAUGGAACUCUCCCCGCUGUUGACCAUCUCCUAUAACAAAUCGGCAGGACCAAAGAUGUAGAGCAGAAUGGUGUUUGUAUCAUUUGCACAGCUCGAGUAAGUUUUAUUUAAAGUGCAAUGACAGGAGCUACUGGUGUGAUAGACUGUUAUGUUAAAAUAUUCACAAAGGGAGAUAAUCUUUUCACUGUACAACCAGCCCGAGGAGAAUGACUACUUUAACACUAAUUUUAUGAAAAAAAUAAUUGUUGAAAGUGGCUGAAGCCUGUCAGAGAAUACUAGGAAGAGUGUUCACUGUGUUCAGAUAGUCUUUAGACUAAUUUUUUCCACUUAUUUUGCUCAUAAUGAUUUAAUAUUUAAGUAAAAGAGCUUAAAAAGAACAGUUUUAUCUUUAAUGGUAUUAAGAUAUUAGGUGUAGAGUGAUGUGGGGGCAGGUAAUCUAAAAUGGGGACAAAAAGUGGGGUCUAAAAACUGUCUAAAUGACAUAGCUAUGAUCUAAAGUUGUCCCUUAAAAYGUAAGUAAAACACUUGUUGCCCACCUGAUAAAGGUAAAAAGGCUGUGUGUUUGCCCGUGUGUGUGCAUGCAUCUGUGUGUUUGUCUCCCCGUUAGCAAAACAUGUUGUGAUUCACUGAACAAAUUUUAAUGAAAUGUUCCAAAAUUAGCCAUUAGGUUGAAUGCUGCGACAGAUAGGGAGUCAAUCAUUUUCAAGUUGGCCGCCACAGAAAAUUGACCCGUAAAAACACAAAAAUAGCGCCACCUCAGCCAAGUGUUCAAAGGUUGAGCUAAAAUUCGGUAUGGUGGUAGCUGAGAGUCAUUCCUAGCAUAUACUUUGAGAACUAACAUCACGAGAAAAUUGUUUUUGAAUCUUUGACAUGAACUAUUGGAGACGAUGCUGACUGCUAUGACAAAAAUUAGGUCCACACUAUGAGAUUUGUUUUUAUUAUUAWUGUUAUAAGAAUAAAGUCAAAAUGUUAUGGAAAUAAAGUUGUACAAGAAUUAAA